CUCGGCGUCUCGCGCAGAUAACACAGGGAAAGAAGCACGUUUCACCUCGUCGUUAUUGUGUGCAGCCUCCGUGGACAGCACCGGCUGGCUUUGCCCACCCAAGUCCCGCUACAGUCUCACCAACUCUGAUGUCUGUGAUGUCGCGACAACCGAGCCGCCACAUGCUGACUCUUGUUUCUGACGCCGUUCUCUCCGCAACUUUCUCCGGACACUGAGGAACAGGUGGAGGAGCACCGGGGAGGAACUCCACUUUUAUUCAGGAGAGCGAAGCCGCAGCAUGCACAAGGGGAAAGCGCGCGGUGUCGUCCCUUUUUUUUUGCAGGAGCAACAGCUGAUUUGGUGAGCGCGUAAGCAGAGAGUGCAGGCUACUUACUGUCGGUGCACAGCCAGACUCCUGCUCUGUCACUCGGGCUCACACGGUGACUCUGUCGGUGGCGCAGAGCGCGGCGUCUCGGUGGACAUUACGGUACCGGGACAGACUGGAGAAAGAACCGUGGGCACUGACAGGAGACCACAGCCUGGACACCGACGAUUUUCAUGGAAAUAUCACGGGUCGAAACCGAGCAUAAACACCUUGUCUGAAGAAGUCGGGAAGCAGGCAACUUGGAUUAUACAGCUCUCGUUCUCUUUUGCCUUGACCGAGAACAGUUGACUACAAAUUGCAAAAAAAAAGAGAAAGAAAAUGUUUACCGGGCAGCAGGCCGUGUGUUAGGGCUCUUUUGCUUCCGGUAUAAGGCCCAGCUGAACAAGAAACCGAGCAGUUUUCUCUCUCCCACACACUUUUUUUGGAAGCCGAACUUUUCAGAGUGGAAAAUGGGUCUUUGAGAGUGUUUGGCACACUUCCCUACACCACAAUGGCAACCGAAACCUUUCUGUUGAAUGAGGAACCCUCCAGAGGUCCUGGAAUGCCUGAAUGCUUUGUAGUAUCAGAUUCAUACAGGUAUUACCCUACUCACCUUCUAAACAAUGCCUUAGUGGAUGAAUUUCAUCCCUUCAUUGAGGCCCUCCUCCCCCAUGUCCGUGCCUUCUCCUACACCUGGUUCAACCUGCAGGCCCGUAAGCGCAAGUACUUCAAGAAGCACGAAAAGAGGAUGACCAAGGACGAAGAACGCGCGGUGAAGGACGAACUGCUGGGGGAGAAGCCAGAGAUCAAGCAGAAGUGGGCCUCGCGCCUGCUGGCCAAGCUCCGCAAGGACAUCCGGCCCGAGUUCCGCGAGGACUUUGUGCUCACCAUCACGGGGAAGAAGCCCCCCUGCUGCGUGCUGUCCAACCCAGACCAGAAGGGCAAGAUCCGCCGCAUCGACUGCCUCCGCCAGGCCGACAAGGUGUGGCGGCUGGACCUGGUGAUGGUCAUCCUGUUCAAGGGCAGCCCCCUGGAGAGCACGGACGGGGAGCGGCUGGUCAAGUCGCCGCAGUGCUCCAACCACGGCCUGUGUGUCCAGCCGCACCACAUUGGAGUGACAGUGAAGGAGCUGGACCUCUACCUGGCCUACUUCGUCCACACACCAGAACAAUCAGGACAAUCAGACAGCUCAAACCAGCAAGGAGACACAGACGUCAAGCCCCCACCAAAUGGCCACUUGAGUUUCCAGGACUGCUUUGUGACUUCAGGGGUGUGGAACGUAGCCGAGCUGGUCCGCGUGUCACAGACUCCAGUGGCUACAGCGACCGGUCCCAACUUCUCCCUGGCUGAUCUGGACAGCCCUGGCUACUAUAACAUCAACCAGGUGACCCUGGGACGGCGUUCCAUCACCUCCACCCCUUCCACCAGGACUGAAAUGGAGCUUUAUGCAAGUCUCCCACGGAGCUCCAACAAGCGCAAGUCCAUUGACGACAGCGAGAUGGAGAGCCCGGUGGACGAUGUCUUCUACUCAGGCCGUUCCCCGGCGGCUGGCAGCAGCUCUCAGUCCAGCGGUUGGCCUAAUGAUGUAGAUGCAGUGCAGCACCAUUUGGCCAGUGUGCAGGAGAGGAAGAUUAAGCAUGAGAGCGAUGGAGUGCAGUUUCCUUACCAUGGACUCUCAUCGCCUGGUUCUCUUAAGAAGCCGGGGAAAUUCGAUUUCAGCGCCCUGUCCUCCCAGACGAGGUCCCCCCGCAUGGCGUUCACCCACCACCCACUGCCAAUGCUGGCGGGAGUGAGACCAGGGAGUCCCCGUGCUUCAGCUUCGGCCCUGCACUUCCCAUCUCCUUCCAUCAUCCAGCAGUCUAGCCCCUAUUUCACCCACCCAACCAUCCGCUACCACCACCACCCUGGACAGGAUCCCCUGAAGGAAUUUGUGCAGUUUGUCUGUGCUGAUGGCUCGGGGCAGGCCGCCGGACAGCCUAACGGGAGCGGCCAGAGCAAAAUGCCAGGCUCCUUCUUGCUGCCUCCACCUCCCCCAGUGGCCCGCCCAGUGCCCCUCCCUAUGCCCGACUCUAAACCCAACAGCACGCCCCCUGACGGCGGACUCUCAUCGCCCGCAUCACCGUCAUACUCCACGCCAGGCGCCACAGCUCCCAACAGGUUUGUCGGCAUCGGAUCACGGGACAACAACUUUCUGAACAUCCCGCAGCAGACACAGUCUUGGUUCCUCUGACAAGAUCUGUGUGCAAACCAGCAACUAGAAUUCUUUCUUUACAAUCGGAAAUAGAAAAACAGAGAAACAACCCGCAGGAUGAUAAUUGUCCUCCAACCGACCCACCGACCGGCCCUUACAGUAUGUCUCACCUAACAUAAAAUAUAACCAAGCAACGCAGGAAAAUUCAGCAGCAUGACGCUUUUAGAGGAACUCUGGACUCAUUUACCCAGUCAGAGGGAGGACCCGUUUCGAGCAAGGAUGGAUAGAUGGAAAGAUGAACGGAUGGACACGAGGAUGCAAGGAUAGUGGAGGAUAAGGGGACAAUCGGCAGCAAGCAGCUAGCAGGUAUCUCUCCUGAAACCAAUGAACCAGCACAACAUGGCAGCAACGCAGGAGGAACCUGAGGAGGAAAAAGCGGUCAACUUCUCCUACUUCACAAGGACGCAUUGUGCAACGAAUGGCUACAAAAAUCAACUGUCCAACAAAAUCAGGUUUCCACCACACAGAUUAAACAUUUCAGACCCCCGAUGAUGAAUCCACAGCCUGAUCAAAGCAAAGACACAAAUUUGGUUUCCAAUGAAAGCUGCAGUCCAUGCUCCUGUGAUGUCUGUCAUCACCCAAAACAAAAUAAAAUUGCCCAAUGUUACUCUCCCUCUGAAUGAACAUUGACUCUAUAAAACCCCCUUCACCCUACUACUAACUAGAGAGAGACCAUGCCAAAACAUAUCUUGAUUAAGGGUUGCACUACAAGCUGAAUCAAUUAACACUAAUCUUAACGAUGUGCACUAUUUACCUACAAGGCAUGGGAGGUAAACCAGACUUGCCUAUUAAGAGUUUUAAAGAGGAGAAACCAAGGUACAAGAAGCCUUCACGUGUCCUCAAUCCCCAUCGUUCAGUUCGACAAAUCAUUGGCCUCCGCUCAUUCUCACAUAUCCCCGUGCAACAAUCACUUUGUACCGGGAAGUCCAAUCAGAACGAUCACACAAUCUGUGCCAUGACCACAGCAUGUUUGUACAAUUGAAAACACACAGUUGCCCAGUCUCACCAUUUAGAUUGUAGUAUUUAUAGGUGGUGGUGUUUGUAUUAUUAUAUUUUAAUUUUAUAUGCACAUACGGUAAGCCCAGUGAACUCUCUCUACCUAUUUGAUUAGAUAUCUAAACCUACAACCCACACACACAUACUGAAAAUCAGUAUGCGCACAUCAUUUAUGACAGUUUCCACGACUAUAGACAGCAGCUAUUGGUUCCCCCUUUGCCCUCUUGUAAUGUAGAUGAAUGAUUUUGUUAUCUCUUGUGUGUUCUCUUAUUUGAAUUUAUUCCUUUUGGAUUUGUACUAUUUUAUAAUUGUUUUGUAUUUGAAUGACAGCACCUUAUAGAGAAACACAGUAAGAAGUGGGACGUUGAAGCAGGGUGGUUAGCUGACCCGUGAUCAAAUAGUACUUGCAAAAACUUAAAUGUUUGACAUUUUGGGAAAUAAGCACUUUCACUUUCUUACAAAGAAUUAGACGAGAAGAUUGAUACCACUGUCUUGUGUGUAUGCUAAAUAUAAAGCCACUGCUAGCAGCUGCUUAGCUUAGCUUAGCUUAGCAUAAAGACUAGAAGCAGAGGACACAGCUAGCCUGGCUCUGUCUUAAGGUAACAAAAUGCGCCUGUUAGCACCUCUAAAACUCAUAAAUGUUACAUUUCAUGUGUUUAAUAUGUACAAAAGUUAAAAUGUAGAGAUGACAAUUUGCAAUUUUACUUGAGGUGGAGACCAGGCAACUAGUCCCGGCCAAGAAAUAUUCUGGCACAUAACCAAAAACUGCGAAUUGUCAUUUUUACAGUUUUUUUGUAUGAAUUAAACAAUAUAACAUGUUUUAUUAGUGGGUUUUAGAGGUGCUAGCAGGCAUAUUGUGUUACAUUUGCACAGAGCCAUGCUAGCUGCUUCCCCUGUUCCCAGUUUCUAUGCUAAGCUAAGCUAACCAACUACUUAUAGUAUAUUCAUAUUUACAUACAGGCAUGAGAGUGGUAACAAUCUUCUCAUCUAACUCUUGACAAGAAAGUUGAAUGAGCAUAUUUACCAGAACUGUCAUACCUUUCCAUUAACAUGGUUUGUUCUCAGUGCCAGAUAAACAUAUUUGCCGCAUAUCGUACUGUAGGGCGACACAAUACAAGGUUUUGACAAUCACAGGAACCUUUUUUUUCCCCUGGGAACUCGGCUGCUGAACCAUACUGGUCAAGAAAAAUCUACUUAUUUGACCCAGGCACGGCUGGUGGCUAGCGGUGGUGAUAUGAUUGAUAAUGAUGACUGAUAGAAAAAAAGCAGAACAAUGGAGGGAAAGGUUGCUGAAGAUGGGACCCAGAGUAAAAGAGAGAGUUGCUCUUCUUUCUGUCUCCCUAAAGUUUACCCUGUUGUUUACACUCCCAGACGGGCCGCUGCUCCAAGAGCAGAGGGAGCCACACUGCGGAGCAAAAUGAAUAUGUGACAUAUCUGGCUGUUUCGGAGAGAGGGAACGAGGGCCUCUAGGCUAGCAGUAGGAGGAUCACCCAUGUGCCCACUUAGUUUUUUUUUUUUUGUUCUUGUAAUUAGGGGUGCACAGGAUCAGGUAAAGGAUAUUGGUUGCUAUGGUAAUCCACCUCCCACCGACACACACACACCAGCACUCCCCCCACCCCCCCUAGCUAUUGUGAAUCGAUGAGCCCUUAAUGAUCAAAACUGCACUAAAACAAUCAUGCCAGCCAACCUUGUGAGUUUUCUUUUUUUAGUUGAGAACAACAUUAGAUUCGACCACCACUUGUAGAGCACAGAUCGCCACUUCUUAAACACACCGACUUAUGAAGACCACUCACGAUUAACGCAAACACACACCGCCCUGCCCGACUGAAUUCAAAGGGAAGUCUUAAACGUAGACAAUCUGAGGAGGCCUUUUAUGCUUUUAAUCGUUUUAUAUCACAAGCCCAUACGUAUAUUCAGACUGACUCACUUAUUUCCUGAUAAACAUGAAAAGUUCAAUUUCAAAACCACCCAUCCAACCUCACAAAAUAACUGGACUGCCUGGCCAUGUUCUUCACUGCAGGGAAACAACAUAGUUGGCCAAACGACUGGCGACCAUCUCAUCAGCUUCGUAGAGAGAACUAGCUCUGCUGACUUAACGAUGGCUAAGGUGAUUUCUUUUCUAAUCUAUGGAAGUGCCUCUGUAUUCCCAUUAUGCAAUUUGUCAAACAUGAAUUCAGGUUCUUUUUCUCACAUAUAAGCUAUAGUGAAUGGUGAAAAAAAAAAUCUAUGUCAGGAGAGGAAAAAACGGCGACAGCUCACUAGAUAAUCGCAAGCAUCUUUAUAUAUAAUACACAUAUAUAUUUAUAGAUAUAUACAUUUUUUUUAUUUGCAAGAUAAGCUCUGUGGCAGUCUAGUUAUUUUUUGAAGCAUGGCGAACAUCGCACAUCUCGAAAACAGCUGAUUUGAGCUUAAAAGUACCAGUCUCUAAAACCCACACUUGCAUUAAACGACAUGAAAGAAAAAAGAAAAUCCAUGGCAAACGCAACAAUAGAUUCAACCACAGUGACGAUAACGUAGUCAAGGAUCUAAAAAAAAAAAUUUAAAAAAAGAACAGAUUAGGUGUUGUUUUUUUCUUUCUUGUUUUGAUGGGAAGUAUUGUUCUUGAACCUAAAUGAUGUAUGUUGAUUGAGCCAUGUGCAAUGCCUUGGUAGAGGAAUUGUGUUUGUUUGUUAGCGAUUGUUUGAGGGUGUUGCGAGAAAAGAGGGAAAACCCUCUGAGGUUUUUUUUUUUGUCUGUUUUUCAAGUCCACAUGCUCUGGGACUCUAAAUAUAAGGGCAGAGAGAAAAAAAUCCCAGUCUUUGUAAGUAAGUUUGGGGAAAUUGUUAUUAAUUUCCUUUUUUGUUUAUUCAUUUUUUUCUUUUAUCACUUUUUUAAGAAAAAACGUCAUUUCUAGUGAUUUGUUUUCAACAUGUGGGAGGGCUGAAGGAACAAUUUUGCAACUCAAAAUAUAUAUCACUAUAAAAACUGGUGCUUUCUAAAGAAUAAAGUACAUUCAAUCUCUAUUAUACAUAAAUAAUAAUAAACAAAAUUAAGUGUUAUCAUAAAAGCAAAUUUUAGGAAAACAUGCAUUAUUCUAUUUCUCUUUUUUGUAUUUACCGAGGGGGGAGGGGUUCAUUGUAUGAAAAGGUUGUUGUGACAAAAGGCAUUUUUCCCCACCAACCUUAACACCACACACUUGUAUCCAACACAAGUGACCCUAACAUGGGACAAAGACAAGAUCUUCCCCAAUUUGGGAGAUGCACAAGUACGGAUUCCCAAUUUUAAGAAAAAGAAAAGAAAAGAAAAAAAGAUAAUUUGUCUUGUCUGGCUAGUUUUUCUAUUUGGUGUAAACGUCUAUCUGGUUGAUCGAAAGAGAGAACCAGCUCAGAGUGGUGCUGUCAUCAAUUCACUAACUAAAUGAACCCCACCCCCCCAUACACACACACACACACACACACAUAAACACACACACACUUCCCCUCUUUCCCCCCUUCCGAAUCCCCAUCUCCCACUGUAAAUGAUUAUAAAUAUUUGUUUGGUGAUGUAGUGUUAUAGACUCAGAGCAUCUUAAAGGUUGUCCCUAAAAAGUGCCUUUUGUUCACAGAUUCCAUCUUGUACUCCUGAGUGCCCAUCUCAAAAGAAAAAAAAGUCCCCUCCUUCAUACUUCUAUAUCCACUUCUUUCUCUUCCUCUUCUUCGAGCUUUUUAAAGCAGUAUACAUAGUACUAAAGGAAAUUGGUGUGAUUUAGUUCCUAUUUUUAUUGUUGAAUAAUUAAGAAAAGCAGAAAAAAAAGCCCAAAAAAAAAGACGCUUCUCUUCCUCUGUAUCUUGUCUUCUGUCUAUCUUGGACACUGGAGUAGUCUGUAGCCGCGUAACCUUCUCCUUCUCCUUCUUCUCCUUCUCCACCACCCCCUUCUCCUCCCUCCUUCCCUCCUUCCCACCCACCCCCACCCCCACCUUUCUCCUUUUUUCCCUUUCUCUGAACGGCGGGGUUUUAAAAAACAAAAAAACGAAAAAAACGAAGAAAAAAAAGAAUACUCAAAGAUUUUUUUGUCUGAGCAGAAUGCAGUUAGCUCACAUGUUAUUCUUGUCUGUAUGCUUCACAUUGUAUUACCAUACCCAUCUUCUUCAGCUUCUCCAUUCAACAGCUAAUGUAAGUGAACAAGUUACACCACCGGGCUCUGGGCUGCGCUGAGGACGGGGGCUGUCAGAGCAGAGGGGUAAUUGAAAUAGCAAAACAACCCCUACCCUCUCCCCUGUUUCUCACACACACACACCUUACCCCCCUCCUCCUCCUCCCUCCUGGGAGCAGCAGAGGACAAAUCAAUCCUUCACAGUGGUGGAGAGGUUACAGCACUAUCGUGGUGAGGGUGACGACCAGUAGGACUGCUAGUAUAGGCAGGUUUGUUUGUAAUCCUUGUUUCUAUCUAUUUAUUUUUUUAUAAUUGAAUUUGGAUUUGCUUAUUGAUAUCUCUUUUUUUUUUUUGUCAUUUUUACUGAGUAUCUUAGGCAGCAUUAAGGCGCUGCAUUGAGACCGUCAAUUAUGCACCUUUCUAGUGGUUGAAUGAGACCAGCUAUUUAAAAAAAAAAAAGAAAAAAAACUGAAAUGACUCGAAGCACCUUAUUAAGCGGACUGGUUCCACAGCGGGGAGACUUUAAAAAAGGCUCAGAUUUAGCACAAUCAUGAGAAAUGUUACACAUUGAUUCACCGCCAUUCUAAAAUCAAGUUGACCAAAGUGGUAUGGCUCCAAAAAAAGCUACUUUGGUGACUUAUAGAAGAAAAAAAAAAAGAAAAAAAAAGCACCUUCAAAUUCCACCAGCAAAAAACUAACGAGUGCAGGUUUGAAUGACAGAUUUGUGCCCUGCAACAAAAAAAAAUUAAAGAUAAUUUAGCGUAUAUGCAACUUUUUAUUUUUUUUUCUUCAUCAAGCAAAUGAAGCCAGCAGCAGUAUUAUCAAUCAAGCCUUGACAAAUGAAAGCGCCACAGAUGAGAAGCCAUAUCAGAGAUGAACAGGUUGCACGGAGCAGAGAGAGCGAGAGAGAGAGAGAGAGUGUGUGUGCGUGUGUGUGCAUGCGUGUGUGUGUUGUUAAGGGAGGGUGUCAACAGAUUAAUGCACCUGCACCGUUCAAGAGAGCGAGAGAGCCCAGUCUGGCCCUGUGGCCUGGCCGUCCGCCGUUUUUAUGUUCCUUUGGCUUUGUUUGUUUUUAACACGUUUUGUAGGACGUCGGGCCGUGUUUAGUGACGUGUAGACUGAGCCCCCCUGGCCGGCCGAACCCCUCACCUUUGACCUGUAACCCCUCCCAUCACCAGUGCUCCUCCUCCUCCUCUUCUUCCUCCUCCCCCUCGCAUCAGCCUCCCAUCCUCAGACACACCUCCCAGAGCCCAUGGUGAAAUGCAUGUGUUAAUUACAGUUUCUUUUCCAUAAUAAUAAUAAAAAACAGUUUGAAAAGAGCAACACUUGAUUGAAUAAAAGGAUGUUCUUGACUGUAA